AUGGCCGAGCUGAGGAAUGAGAUGGUCGAGGUGAAGCAUUUCCAAAGCCAAGGCCAGGAGAUCCAGGAGCUGAAGAAUGAGACGGCCAAGCAGAGGAAUGAGACGGCCGAGCUGAGGAAUGAGAUGGCCGAGGUGAAGCAUUUCCAAAGCCAAGACCAGGAGAUCCAGGAGCUGAGAAAUGAGACGGCCAAGCUGAGGAAUGAGAUGGCCGAGCAGAGCAUGGAGGUGACCCAGCUGAAGUUGGAUGAGCUGCAGCCGCUGAGCCUCUGCUUUCCUUUGCAUGUGCAGGAGGAGAAUCGUCACCAGCUGGCAAAUAUCAGAAGGGAGAUGCAUAACAUCUGUGAGUAUGUGGAUGCCAGUGAAAAGAAACAGUGUCAGCUGCAGGAGAAGCUGCCUCUGGAGAUGGAGCGGCUGAGAGUGGAGAUGGUUCAGCUGAAGAAGUACGUGCAGGAGGACAAGCUGGAAAGGCUGGAGCAGCUCAAUGCAGAGUACAACGUGGCCUUGACACAUCUCCAACACCAAGACCAGGAGAUGAAGCUGGAGACAGCUCAGCUGAGAAUGGAGGCAACCCAGCUGAAGGAGCGGAAUCAGGAGCUGGAGAAUUUGCUGGAGCAGCUCAGAGCAAACCGUGCUAGGAAACAUCAUUUAGAAAGCAACAAGAAGAAGGAAAGUCAGCUGGAGGAGAUUCAGCUGGAGAUGGAGCAGCUGAGGGUGGAGGUCGCCCAGCUGAGGGAAGAGAAUCAUCACACAACAGAAAAAGAGCUGAAGCAGCUCAGAAGGGAGAACCUUGACACAAACCAGUGCUUAGAAACGGCCACUGAGAAGAACAAGAAGCUGGAGAAGCAGCUGGCCAAGCUGAGGAGGCACCAAGAGAAGCAAAGCCUGGCUGAGGAAAUAGAGAACAGCAGAGAGAACCAGAGCCUGGCUGAGCUGGGACUGGACAGCUCUCAGAACCGCAGUGUGGAUGAGGAUAGAGAGACCGGCACAGAGAACCACAGCCAGGCUGAGGUUGGACUGAAUGGCUCUGAGAACCACAGCCAGGCUGAGGAUGGACUGAAUGACUCUCAGAACCAUGGCCUGGCUGAGAGUAGAGAGAAUAGCUUUGUGAAUCACAGCGUGGCUGAGCGGGGCCUGGACGUCCCUCAGCAGCAGACCCUGCCUGAAGAUGGAGAGCAUAACACACAGAAACACACAUACUGGUGAGUGUCCCCCCUGGCUGUCCCCUGCCCUGAGGCUGACUCCCACUCACAAGGCCGGGCUGCUGGGGGGUGCUGGGGGGCUCCUGGGGG